AUGAAGUUCCAGUCCACCGGGAUAACCUCCAUCAUCUUGGCACUCUCUCUCGUUUUGACAACUCCUCUUUCGAUUGGAGCGUAUGGAAUCGUAGAGACAAAAGUUUCGGGCGCUGCCAGAGAAGUAAUUCAGGAUGGCUCUCAAAACAAAGACAGCCCGCAAUUUGUCAUGAUCUUCGGCGACUCUUUUUCAAGGAUCGGAACCCAACAUAAUAUAAGCAGGUGGCGCAAGCCUGGCCCCCGUGCAGCGAACCCGAUUGGAAAUCCCAAAUGGCCGGGCGAGACGUCGACAGGAGGCAAGAACUGGAUAGGUUACAUGAUAUCCGAUUUCAACCACACGCUCACUCUUGCCUAUGGCUUCGCAAGCUCUGGUGCUGUGGUGGACCCUCGACUGGUUAAGCCAAAUCCUUACUACGCCUACUGUUUUCAAGAUCAGAUCAAACAUUUCAACAUGAGCAUCGGUCACAAACCUGACUAUGCCCCGUGGAAUGCUGACAACGCCGUCGCGGCCAUCUGGUUCGGUGUCAACGAUGUUCGACUGUCUUUUACCGAGAAUGGCAUCAAAAAGCUCAUGAAAGCAACUGUGAAGCGACUAGUCGAGUUUACUCAUGAAUUACACAAGCUGGGGCUUCGGCAAUUUGUCUUCCUGGAAGUGCCUCCGCUUGAAUUCUUGCCAAUAUUUCAGCCGAGGAAGCCAGGAAAGAAGUAUGUGACGCUUACCUAUGCUAUCAGGGUGUGGAAUGAUUUUCUUGUUGAGCAUAUAGAGCGUUUCAGGCAAGACCAUCCUGACUCCAAGGCCUCCGUUGUGCAAAUAUGGGAUAUCUAUAUGAACGCCAUGCUUGACCCCAAGUCUCUCGGAUCGCGUAAUAACCACUGUACUGAUCGGAGGGGAGAGAAAUGUUUAUGGUAUGAUAUUUUACACCCGGGAAAGAGGAUUCAUCAGCUCAUGGCAGAGCGUGUGGCAGAGGUUGCAUGGGGAGGGCAAUAG